AGCCCUUGCCAAAGUGUGGCAAGCCCUUGCCAAGUGGUGGCACCCCUUUGCCAGAGUGUGGCAAGCCCUUGCCAACUGCUGGCAAGCCCUUGCCAAGUGCUGGCACCCCUUUGCCAGAGUGUGGCAAGCCCUUGCCAAGUGGUGGCACCCCUUUGCCAGAGUGUGGCAAGCCCUUGCCACGUGGUGGCAAGCCCUUGCCAGAGUGUGGCAAGCCCUUGCCAACUGCUGGCAAGCCCUUGCCAGAGUGUGGCAAGCCCUUGCCAAGUGGUGGCAAGCCCUUGCCAGAGUGUGGCAAGCCCUUGCCAACAGCUGGCAAGCCCUUGCCAGAGUGUGGCAAGCCCUUGCCAAGUGGUGGCACCCCUUUGCCAGAGUGUGGCAAGCCCUUGCCAAGUGGUGGCACCCCUUUGCCAGAGUGUGGCAAGCCCUUGCCAAGUGGUGGCAAGCCCUUGCCAAGUGGUGGCAAGCCAAGUGGUGGCAAGCCCUUGCCAA